CUCACUCUGAACUUUUAAUUUUUCCCACAGAGCCGAGAAAACAGAAGUCCUCAGUGAAGAUCUCUUACAGAUCGAGCGGCGCCUGGACACGGUGCGCUCCGUGUGUCACCACUCCCACAAGCGCCUGAUGGCUUGCUUCCAGGGCCAGCACGGCACCGACGCCGAGAGGAGACACAAAAAACUCCCUCUGACAGCUCUCGCUCAGAACAUGAUAGAAGCAUCGACUCAGCUAGAAGACUCUCUCCUGGGGAAGAUGUUGGAGACGUGUGGGGAUGCUGAGAAUCAGCUGGCUCUGGAACUCUCUCAGCACGAAGUCUUUAUUGAGAAGGAGAUAGUGGACCCUCUGUAUGGCAUAGCAGAGGUGGGUAUUCCCAACAUCCAGAAACAGAGAAAGCAGCUCGCCAAGUUGGUGUUAGACUGGGAUUCGGUCAGAGCCAGGUGGAACCAGGCUCACAAAUCUUCAGGAACCAACUUCCAGGGGCUUCCAUCAAAAAUAGAUACCCUAAAGGAAGAGAUGGAUGAAGCUGGAAAUAAAGUAGAACAGUGCAAGGAUCAGCUUGCAGCAGACAUGUACAACUUCAUGGCCAAAGAAGGGGAGUACGGCCAGUUCUUCGUGACGUUAUUAGAAGCCCAAGCAGAUUACCAUAGAAAAGCAUUAGCAGUCUUAGAAAAGGCCCUUCCCGAAUUGCGAGCCCAUCAAGAUAAGUGGGCGGAAAAGCCCGCCUUCGGGACGCCUUUGGAAGAGCACCUGAAGCGGAGCGGGCGCGAGAUAGCGCUGCCCAUCGAGGCCUGCGUCAUGCUGCUCCUGGAGACCGGGAUGAAGGAGGAGGGCCUUUUCCGAAUUGGGGCUGGGGCCUCCAAAUUAAAGAAACUGAAAGCUGCUUUAGACUGUUCUACUUCUCACCUGGAUGAGUUCUACUCAGACCCCCACGCUGUAGCAGGUGCUUUAAAGUCCUACUUACGGGAACUGCCUGAACCUUUGAUGACUUUUAAUCUAUAUGAAGAAUGGACACAAGUUGCCAGUGUGCAGGAUCAAGACAAAAAACUUCAAGAUUUGUGGAGAACCUGUCAGAAGUUGCCACCACAAAAUUUUGUUAACUUUAGGUAUUUAAUCAAGUUCCUUGCGAAGCUCGCCCAGACCAGCGACAUUAAUAAAAUGACCCCCAGCAACAUUGCAAUCGUGUUGGGCCCUAACUUGUUAUGGGCCAAAAAUGAAGGAACACUGGCCGAAAUGGCGGCAGCCACGUCCGUCCACGUGGUCGCGGUCAUUGAACCCAUCAUUCAGCACGCCAACUGGUUCUUCCCCGAAGAGGUGGAGUUUAACGUAUCGGAAGCGUUUGUACCUCUCGCCACCCCCAAUUCCAAUCACUCGUCUCACACUGGAAAUGACUCUGACUCCGGGACCCUGGAGAGGAAGCGGCCGGCCAGCAUGGCGGUGAUGGAAGGAGACCUGGUGAAGAAGGAGAGCUUUGGUGUGAAGCUUAUGGACUUCCAGGCCCCCCGGCGGGGUGGCACUCUAAAUAGAAAGCACGUAUCCCCUGCUUUCCAGCCGCCACUCCCGCCCACAGAUGGCAGCACCUUGGCUCCAGCGGGCCCAGAGCCCCCUCCCCAGAGCUCUAGGGCUGAAAGCAGCACAGGGGGUGGGACUGGCCCCUCCUCUGCGGGCACCCUGGAGCAGGGCCCGAGCCCGGGCGACGGCAGUCCCCCAAAGCCCAAGGACUCUGCACCGGCACCUGCCCCUGCACCAGGGAGAAGCAGCGGUCAGGCGGCCUCCGGCCAAAACCCAGCCCCGGCAGCUGCCGGCUCCCAUCAGCUCUCGGUCGGCCCGGCGCACAACUCUGCUGGCCCAAGCCCUCACACUCUGCGCCGAGCCGUUAAAAAACCUGCUCCAGCACCCCCGAAACCAGGAAACCCACCUCCUGGCCAUCUCGGGGGCCAGAGUUCUCCGGGAACGUCUCAGCAUCCCCCCAGCCUGUCACCAAAGCCGUCCACCCGAAGCCCUUCCCCUCCCACCCAGCCCCCGGGCCAGGCCCCGGGCCAGCCGUGCGCCGCCUCGCAGCCCUCUGCACCCCGGAGGUACUCCAGCAGCCUGCCUCCGAUACAAGCUCCCAGUCACCCGCCGCCGCAGCCCCCCACGCAGGCCACGCCGGCCGCGCUCGCCAAGCCGGGGGAGCACGGACUCGAGCAGGCACCCCACACCCCUCCCCAGACGCCAACGCCCCCCAGCACCCCGCCCUUAGGGAAGCAGCACCCCGGCCUGCCGGCUGCCCAGACCCAGGCGGUGAGCAACCCCGAGGCUGCGGCGCUGCACGGAACCUUACCGAGACCGAGACCAGUACCGAAGCCGAGGAACCGACCCAGCAUGCCGCCACCCCCGCACCCUCCCGGCGCCCACCCCGCCGGCGAGGGCAGCCUCAGCAUCGCAGCGCCCACCGCUUCCAAAAUAGUAACGGACUCCAAUUCUAGGGUUUCAGAACCGCUUCGCAGCAUCUUUCCUGAAAUGCAUUCAGACUCAGCCAGCAAAGACUUGCCCGGCCGCAUUCUGUUGGAUAUGGACAAUGACACAGAAAGUACCGCCCUGUGAGGAAAGCUGCCCCCGCCCUUGACCCCUUCCACCCUGGCGAGUGGAACAGGGGCAGGCAGACAUUGAUCUUCGCAGACCAAACAGUGAGAAGCUUUCAGUGGAGGGAAGAAGAAGGCCUUACCACGCAGGACUUGGCCUUCUCACAGCCCGAGGAGAGAGCGGAGGCUGACACUUAAAGCUGAAUGACCUGUGUCUUGAAGAAGUUGGCUUUCUUUACAUGGGAAAGAAUCAUGCCAAAACAAACAAACAAAAAAAACAGAAAGAAGAAA